GCGGGGGUGGCCGCGGCCGCACGCGGGAGGCCGCAGUUCUUUGCCCCUCGGAGCAUGGGGUGGGGGGCAACUUCAAGUCCGUCUCGGACAGUUCCCCCUGAGUCUUCGACCUGUACCCCUGGCCCUCGAACCGUCGUCUCACUGAGCCUGCUUCCUUUUCUCAGACUGGCCUUCCCUUCCCCUUAAUCCUGCCCCGCGGCCACUUCUCCGCACCCUCCCGGACGCCGGAGCAUCGGGCGAGCGCGGCGCUCCGGGAGCAGAAGGACGCGGGGCGCGGUGAUCUCACUCCCUCUCCCGUGCGUGCGGCGCGGCUCCGCCAAAGGGCGGGCUGGAGGAGAUGCCAGCCUCUUCAAAUAGAUCCAUCCAACCACCUGGGCGCGAGUGUCACCGCGCUCACGGCUGAAACACAUAUUUUGGGGUCCCAGAAAUCUAUCCACCCCCCGCCCCCCAAAGUCCCACAACCACUGGGCUGAAAGAUGCGAAGUGUGACCUUGGAGAGACAGAUCAGGAAACACAUCAGAGUCUAGGGCCAGAGGCCAUGGCCUGCCUCCACGAGACCCGCACACCCUCCCCUUCCUUUGGGGGUUUUGUGUCCACCCUGAGCGAGGCGUCCAUGCGCAAGCUGGACCCAGACACUUCUGACUGCACCCCUGAGAAGGACCUAACACCGACCCAGUGUGUACUUCGAGAUGUGGUGCCCCUCGGUGGGCAGGGCGGGGGUGGGCCCAGCCCCUCCCCAGGCGGAGAGCCGCCCCCUGAGCCUUUUGCCAACAGUGUCCUGCAGCUACACGAGCAGGACGCGGGGGGCCCAGGAGGAGCUGCUGGGUCCCCUGAGAGUCGGGCAUCCAGAGUCCGAGCAGACGAGGUGCGGCUGCAGUGCCAGAGCGGCAGCGGCUUCCUGGAGGGCCUCUUCGGCUGCCUGCGUCCUGUCUGGACCAUGAUUGGCAAGGCGUACUCCACGGAGCACAAGCAGCAGCAGGAAGACCUUUGGGAGGUCCCCUUUGAGGAAAUCCUGGACCUGCAGUGGGUGGGCUCAGGGGCCCAGGGUGCCGUCUUCCUCGGGCGCUUCCAUGGUGAGGAGGUGGCUGUGAAGAAGGUCCGAGACCUGAAGGAGACGGACAUCAAGCACCUGCGAAAGCUGAAGCACCCCAACAUCAUCACCUUCAAGGGUGUGUGUACCCAGGCUCCCUGCUAUUGCAUCCUUAUGGAGUUCUGCGCCCAGGGCCAGCUGUAUGAGGUACUACGGGCUGGCCGCCCUGUCACCCCCUCCUUGCUGGUUGACUGGUCUAUGGGCAUCGCCGGUGGCAUGAACUACCUGCACCUCCACAAGAUUAUCCAUAGAGACCUCAAAUCCCCCAACAUGCUCAUCACGUAUGAUGAUGUGGUGAAGAUCUCAGACUUUGGCACUUCCAAGGAGCUGAGCGACAAGAGCACCAAGAUGUCCUUUGCAGGGACAGUAGCCUGGAUGGCCCCAGAAGUGAUCCGCAAUGAACCAGUAUCUGAGAAGGUGGACAUCUGGUCCUUUGGCGUUGUGCUAUGGGAGCUGCUGACUGGCGAGAUCCCCUAUAAAGACGUGGAUUCCUCAGCCAUCAUCUGGGGCGUGGGAAGCAAUAGCCUCCAUCUGCCCGUGCCCUCCAGCUGCCCCGACGGCUUCAAAAUCCUGCUUCGCCAAUGCUGGAAUAGCAAACCACGAAAUCGUCCAUCAUUCCGGCAGAUCCUGCUGCAUCUGGACAUCGCCUCAGCCGAUGUGCUCUCCACACCCCAGGAGACUUACUUUAAGUCCCAGGCAGAGUGGCGGGAAGAGGUCAAGCUGCACUUUGAGAAAAUCAAGUCAGAAGGAACCUGCCUGCACCGCCUAGAGGAGGAGCUGGUGAUGAGGAGAAGGGAGGAGCUCAGACAUGCCUUGGACAUCAGGGAGCACUAUGAGCGGAAGCUGGAGCGAGCCAACAAUCUGUACAUGGAACUUAAUGCCCUUAUGUUACAACUGGAGCUUAAGGAGCGGGAGUUGCUACGGAGGGAGCAAGCCUUAGAGCGGAGGUGCCCGGGUCUGUUGAAGCCACACCCUUCCCGAGGCCUCCUACAUGGGAACACAAUGGAGAAACUCAUCAAGAAGAGAAAUGUCCCACAAAAAUUGUCACCCCACAGUAAAAGGCCAGACAUCCUCAAGACAGAGUCUCUGCUGCCUAAACUUGAUGCUGCCCUGAGUGGGGUGGGGCUUCCUGGGUGUCCUAAGGGACCCCCGUCUCCAGGACGGAGUCGCCGUGGCAAAACCCGUCAUCGCAAGGCCAGCGCCAAGGGCAGCUGCGGGGACCUGCCUGGGCUUCGUGCUGCUGUGCCAGCUCAUGAACCUGGGGGACCAGGAAGUCCAGGGGGGCUAGGAGGGGGACCAUCGGCCUGGGAGGCCUGCCCCCCAGCCCUGCGUGGGCUCCACCACGACCUCCUGCUGCGGAAGAUGUCUUCUUCGUCCCCAGAUCUCCUGUCGGCAGCCCUGGGAGCUCGGGGCCGGGGGGCCAGUGGAGCCGGGGAUCCUGGCUCACCGCCUCCAGCCCGGGGUGACACCCCCCCAAGUGAGGGCUCAGCACCUGGUUCCACAAGCCCAGAUUCGCCGGGCGGAGCCAAAGGAGAGCCUCCUCCGUCUGUUGGGCCUGGUGAUGGCGUGGGGCUACCAGGAACUGGAAGGGAAGGGACGGCAGGAAGGGGAGGCCCCCGGGCUGGCUCCCAGCACUUGACCCCAGCUGCUCUCCUCUACAGGGCUGCUGUCACCAGAAGCCAGAAACGCGGCAUCUCCUCCGAGGAGGAAGAAGGAGAGGUGGACAGUGAAGUGGAGCUGACGUCAAGUCAGAGGUGGCCUCAAGGCCUGAAUAUGCGCCAGUCACAAUCUACCUUCAGUUCAGAGAAUCCCUCGGACGGAGAGGAAGGCACAGCCAGUGAGCCCUCCCCCAGCGGGACACCUGAAGUUGGCAGUACCAACACUGACGAGCGGCCAGAUGAAAAAUCUGAUGACAUGUAUUCCCAGGGCUCGGAAAUUCCCUUAGACCCAUCUGCUUCUGAGGGGGUUCCUGGCCCUGUACCCAGCUCCUUACCACUCCCAAAUCAGGACGUACUAAGAGGGAAGCAGGGCCCUCCUAAUUCUGAGGACUCAGACUGUGACAGCACUGAACUGGACAACAACAGCGGUGAAGCCUUGCAGCCCCCUGCCUCCCUCCCUCCUUGAAAGCCAAUCUUAUUCCUGUAUAUAGAGAAAUAUUUAUAUGAAUAAUAUAUAUGCGCCACAUAAUCAGAGUAAGAUGGGGCUAUCCCAGCGAGUCAGGUUGAAGACUGACCCUGAAAAAUUCACCGAUAAACUCUAGGGACACUGACAGCUGUGAAAAUGAAGGGCAACUGCCCUAGAGUUGUGGGUAAGGGCAGACUAGCCCCUUGCUGUUUUUCCCACCAUGUUCAACAACUUAAAAGACUUGCCUCGAGUUCCUCUAUAAUCUCCCCCCCACCCCCAAAAAAACUGGGGAACAGGGAAGGGAGCCACUUAGACUGCACUUUUUUUGGUUUUCUGUUUACAUAUUUUGCACUUGGGAGGCUAAAGCUGGGGCCUCCCCUCUGAGGUUUCUCAGGUGGCAAAUGUAACUAAUUUCUUUGUACCUCCAUUUCUCUGCCAAGUUCUGGCUUAGGGGGUGGGGGGAGGUUAGGAGAUUGUGAACGCAUGUGUUUGGCUCAGGCUAAAGAACUGGGGUGUAAGUCCCUGCUUUCUAAAAUCCUGGUGCCUGACUGGGGUGGGUAUUGUCAUAUUGUAAUCCCUGUGAAAACCUUUGAAAUAUAACCACUCCAUGCAGGCCCA